AUGCAUUUUUCCACAACACUUCUCUUCCUCUCAGCGGCAAUCUCACUGCCAUGCCGAACAAAGUACUUCUUCUUCUUCUUCUUCUUCAACGACUACCGCCCCACAAACAACAACUUCAUCAACAACACUUGCCUCACCAACUUCGACGCCAAUGAGUUACUCUUCAUCAACACCCGCUGUAAGCUCCACAUACUACACAUCCAGCGCGCCGAUACCAACCAUAUUACCCUCCUCAACCUAUACACCUACCACGACGAUACCGUGGCCAUCAUUCUCACCGUCAUGGAUCCCUUCCACGGGACUCCCAUUUCCGAGACCCACGGAACCGACUGA